GGAAACCCCUCUAUAAUUUCCCCUCCAAAAUAAUAAGCAAACCAACAUCACAAAAUAUCCUUUCUAAAUAACUUAUCCCAAGAAAGCCUCAUAAACUUAGAGCAAGAUGGCCGACUUCAUAAAUGUCGCAAAGCAAUUCACCGAAUUCUACUACAACCAGUUCGAUGCGGACAGAAAGCAGCUGGCUCCUCUUUACCGUGAGAAUUCCAUGUUGACUUUCGAGUCCGCUUCCGUCCUUGGAGCCGGUGCCAUCGUAGAGAAACUUGGAUCUCUUCCUUUCGAGAAGGUCAAGCACCAAGUCUCAACCCUCGAUGCGCAACCAUCCGGAGAGCACGGUGGAAUUUUGAUUUUGAUUACCGGAGCCUUGUUGGUCGAUGAGGAGCAAAGACCUAUGAACUACAGCCAAGCUUUCCAACUUAUGCCAGAUGGAGCUGGAAGCUAUUUCAUUUUCAACGACGUCUUCAAGUUGGUUUUCGGAUAAAUUAUUAGCAAGGAACGUUGGGUAAAUAGGAGGCUGGUGGUUGACUAGAGGAAAUGUUGGUCCAUUUUGCAAAACUUUAUACCAGGCCUUCUAUCGAGAAGCAAGGAGAGGCAACGAAGUUAUCAAGUAUAAAACAACAUGAAAAGACACAAAUCGACGAUCCUCAUAUUUCCCCUCGAUAACGUAUGCAUUUGCCGAUCAGAAUAUAUGUGGAGAGAUAGAUAUCGUAACCCUCCCCUCCA